AUGUCGACGAGCUUGGCAAGUGAAGCAGCUCAUGUCGAGCGAGGGGCUGGGGAGCUGCUACGACAGCAAGACAUGGCGCGCUCAACAUGCCUCAAGGCCAACAAGCAGAUCAACCUCAUCCUGGUAGAGAAGAACAAGGCGGACGAGAUCGAGGUAGACAGGAGGACGAUCGGGAUAGACCUGCACGAGUGGAAGCCUGAGGACGCUGACGGGCUGACGUUUGACGUGAUGGACUUCGGGGGGCAGCAGAUCUACGCCAAGGCGAACCAGUACUUAGACGUACAAGAGAAGUGCAGAGGAAGGCGAGGAGAGUAUGGAGGAGCUGAAGAAGAUGAUCCCUACAUGGCUGCGAGCUACACAAGCGCGAGUGCCGGACAGCACAUCGAUGGGGUCAAGGAGCUGUCGCAAUCUGUGUGCAAGACCGCGAAAGAGCUGACCGAAUCCUGUCACAGUGCCAACAACUACCGCGGGGCUGUUCGACAACGCUCUCUCCGCAUGGAUCAGGAUAUUUUCAAUGCCAAGUUCUUUCGUCCGCAGAAACCUUAA